GCAGUUUUUCUCCCGCCAGAACAAUGGCAUUUUGGUGAUUUCUCAACAACUGAAGGACAUUUUCAUUUCCCAUUUUCCUAUAUUUCAUGAAGAUUGAGGAAGCAUUGUGUCGUGUUUGGUGGUUUCACUGCACAACAUACCGAAACUGAUCACAGUACCACAACCAUGGCUCCAUUCCAAUAUGAAGCCCUACUUAAUAUGUCAAUUCUGGUGGAAGGGAAAGAAAGAAAUGUAAGUGAAUCGAAUGUGAUGGGCCCUAAUGGUGGUGCUGGAUGUGGCGGCUUCUUCAUCCAGGAUAACAAUCAGGACUAUCAGAACAAUUUAGUGAAUGCCAAAAGAAAAAAAAUUGUGGGUUCACUGAACGCUUUACCGAAAAUGAUCACCCCCAUCGCUUCAUUCCUAAACAAAGGCUUUCUUAACGCAUCAAAUAUGGUGGAAAGGAAAAGGAAAAGAUUGGAUAAUGAUCAAGCCCCUUGUAGUGCUUUGAUUGCAAUGAGUGAUGUGGAACCUGCGAAAAGGAAAAGAUUGGAUAAUGAUCAAGCCCCUUGUAGUGCUUUGAUUGCAAUGAGUGAUGUGGAAGCUGCGAAAAGGAAAAGAUUGGUUGAUGCUCAAGCCCCUUUUAGAGCUGAGAUUCCAAUCAGUAAUGUGGAAGCUUCCCUUGAUUUUCUAAGUGCUAAGAAGGAAGCCAUACUUAAAGCAUCAGUUAUGGUGGAAGGGAAAGAAAGAAAUAUAAGUGGGUUGAAUGUGAUGGGCCAUAAUUGGUUAGCUAGAGACUUUGUGGCAACGCACACACAUUCUGGGUUGUCACCAGCAUGCAAUUCACAUCUUCAAAUUGAUCCUUCUCAGAACAAUUUAGUGAAUGCGAAAAGGAAAGAACUUGUGGUUUCACUGCGAACUUUACUGAAACUUAUCACACCGAUCACUACAUUCCAAUACCAAGGCUUUCUUAAAACAUCAAUUAUGGUCGAAAGGAAAGAAACAAAUGUAAGUGGGUUGAAUGUGAUGAGUCGUAAUGGUGAUGCUGGCUGUCGCAGCUUCUUCAUCAGGGAUAGCAAUCAGGACUAUCACAACAUGUUUCCUAAUCAUGUACAAAUUGAAAGAAGGAAUGGUAGUUUCAAGAUUAUAAAUGCGGAUAAUUCAAGGCAACUGCAAAGGUUGACUGAAAUUGAUGUCCUACCCAUGCAAUUUGCUGAAGAAGGCUUUAAGCAAAAGAAACAUCUAGAAGAUGGAUUUAAUUGUUUUGGUGCAUUUUGCAGACACCUUGUCAGCCAUAAGUGGUCUGUAAAAGAGUUUGUGGCAGCACACACACAUCAUGAGCUGUCUCCAACAUGCAAAUCACAUCUCCAAAUUGAUUUUCCUCAGAAGAAUUUAGUGAAUGUGAAAAGGAAAAGAGUGGUUAAUGAUCAAGCCCCUUGUAGCGCUUUGAUUGCAAUGAGUGAUGUGGAAUCUGCGAAAAGGAAAAGAUUGGUUAAUACUCAAGCCCCUUGUAGAUCUAAGAUUCCAAUCAGUGAUGUGGAAGCUGCCCUUGAUUUUCUAAGUGCUAAGAAGGACUCAGACAAUGGCUUAUUCUAUGAAACAAAAUUUGUUGCAGGCCAUUUAAGAUCUGUAUUUUGGGCAGACUCUAUAUCCCAGUUAAAUAAUGCAUGCUUUGGAGAGGUGAUGGCAGUUUACAGGACAAAGUUAUGCAUGAUGCACUUUGUAGUGUUGACUGGUCUCAACCAUCAUCAUCGGACAUGUGUAUUUGGAUGUGCUUUGCUUCAAGAUGAGACUGUCGAGGCCUACACGUGGUUAUUUCAAACAUUCCUUCAUGUAAUGCAGGGUUGCAUGCCCCUAUCAGUGGUGACUGAUGAUCAUCAAGCUAUCCGUGAAGCUAUUAAGCUUGUGUUGCCGCGAUCAAGGCACCGCCUAUGCACACAACAUCUCGAGAAAAUAGCACGCUCCAAUGUUAAAAACCCGUUCUUCAUAUCUGAUUUCAAAGCAUGCAUGUUGGAGGUUCUAUCACCAGAUGAUUUUGAGCUUAAAUGGAAAAGAAUGGUUGAAAUGUAUAAAGUGUCUGAAAAUCCUUGGAUACAAAGAAUGCAUAGGGAACGUCAUAUGUGGGCAGAGACUUACUUGAGGGAAAGUUUCUCAGCUGGAUUGCAAAGCACAAAAAUAUGUGAAAGCAUUGAUGAACAUUUGAGGAAUUCUUCACAAAAUAACCUGAAACUACAUGAAUUUCUCAACGAGUUUGAAUGCGUGAUUAAUGCACUCUGGCAUGAGGAGGGGAAGGCUGAGUGUAAGUCUGCCAUUUUGCAAGUUGCUCGUCUCUCAAAUCCGCUUAAGAAACAUGCUUCUGAUAUGUUUACUUGGGAUUCUUACAAGAAGUUUAUUACAGAGAUGCGAUUGGAGUCUUGUUUGUUUGUGGUGAACAAAGAUGAAGGCACAGACCACAACAAAUACAGAUUGUGUAACCCUGAGAAUCAUAAUUUAAUCUAUGAAGUUAUGGUCAAGCCUAGUGGUCCAAGUAUUAAAUGCUCAUGCAUGAAGUUUGAGACAUUGGGGUUACCUUGCUGCCAUGUUAUUCAUGUACUCAAAUCUGAGGGAAUAGAAAAAAUUCCCCAAGAUCUCAUACAUCCUAGAUGGACAAAAUCAGCAAAAUUCAGUGCACAGUUUUGGCACCGUUCCUUGCCACCAGUGUCUAGUGAUAUUAUGUUAAAAAUGAUGUGUUAUGGUAAUUCGGCAUAUUUCUCUUCCAUACUUUGUUACUGCAAGUCAAAAUCAGAUAAGGUACGCAACUUAUUUCUUGGUGGAGAUCAUGAGUUAGAGCGUCAAAUACAAGAUCAGCUAUGGUGUAUCUAAGUAAGCAGAAGAGGUUAGGGGAUCUGAUACAUGGGUAUUAAUCUAAGAUUUUUGUCUAUAUUCCCAAAAAACUAUGUCAUUGUGAUAAUUACUAUGAUUUUAUUACUUUUGGGCACCUGGGUUGAAGUCAACUUAGGCUUCAAGAUGUUAAACUUUCCAUUUGUGUCCAUUCCAAACAGAUAUAGUAAUAGAUAUCAACACUGGAGUUGCUGAUUUGCACAUUGUAAUAUUUUGAGUAAAUUCUCUGAUAUGCCAUUCUAGCAAACUUAUGGAUUACUUGAUGGGUUUUCGUGUGUUGUGAAUUGUGAUGGCUUUCCAAGUAUUACUAACU